AUGGCCUUCGAACAGCCUGCUGUUCCAGGUCCUCCUAUCUCAAACGAUCAAAUCCCGGAUCAUGUUUUGGAUGAAAAAGCUCGAAAAUGGAAGCAACUUCAAUCCAAAAGAUAUGCGGAAAAGCGAAAAUUUGGAGUCGUCGACGCGCAAAAAGAGGAAAUGCCACCGGAACACGUGAGAAAAGUGAUUCGAGAUCAUGGAGACAUGACAUCUCGCAAAUAUCGACAUGACAAACGUGUCUACCUCGGCGCCCUCAAAUACAUGCCACACGCCGUGCUCAAACUCCUCGAAAACAUGCCAAUGCCUUGGGAACAAAUUCGUGACGUCAAAGUGUUGUAUCACAUCACUGGAGCAAUCACAUUUGUCAAUGAUAUUCCACGAGUUAUCGAGCCGGUUUAUUUGGCACAGUGGGGAACAAUGUGGAUUAUGAUGAGACGGGAGAAAAGAGAUCGAAGGCAUUUCAAGAGAAUGAGAUUUCCACCGUUUGAUGAUGAAGAACCGCCACUUGAUUAUGCUGAUAAUAUUUUGGAUGUUGAACCGCUGGAACCGAUUCAGAUUGAAUUGGAUCCGGAAGAAGAUGGAGCGGUUGCUGAAUGGUUUUAUGAUCAUAAACCACUUGCAACAACUAGGUAAAUCGCUAGAAAUCCCUGUUCUUGAGAAGCUUCAAAGUUGAAUUUGAACCCAUUUCACCAUGUUCCUGGGUGAAAAAUCGAGUUUCAUAAGUUGGAAAAUGUUGUUCAGCACAUUCGAAAACCUUGUAAAAUUUUAGAUUCCCAAAAAAGAUGGAGCAGAAGCUGAAAACUGGAAAUCCAAUUAUUUCAGCUUUUGCUUCAUCUUUUUUGCAAUUCUAAAAUUUUACGAGGUUUUCGAAUGUGCUGAACAACAUUUUCCAACUUAUAAAACUUGAUUUUUCACAUAGGAACAUGGUAAAAAUGCACAAAUCUCAAUCUCGAGCUUCAAAGUUGAAUUUGAGCCCAUUUUUACCAUGUUCCUGGGUGUAAAAUCAAGUUUUAUAAGUUGGAAAAUGUUGUUCAGCACAUUCGAAAACCUUGUGAAAUUUUAGAUUUUCAAAAAAGAUGAAGCUGAGAUAUUUGGAUUUCCAGUUUUCAGCUUCCGUUUCAUCUUUUUUGAAAUUGCUAAAGUCCUGCCGGUGACAAAAAUGGAUAUUUCUCUACCUAUAGAAUUAUUCAUCAAACCGGGAAGGUAUAGAAAGAAAAAGUCACCAACAUAGUUCACACCAAUGUUUUUCCCCCUAAUUGGUGUGUCUCCGCCAGGUGUCUCAUAUAAUUUAGACCCAAAAGCUCUGAACUUCGAAGUUUCCCCUAGAAUCCCUGAUUUUCUUUCAGAUUUGUCAAUGGAACAACUUAUCGAAAAUGGGCGUUCAGUAUUCCACAAAUGUCGAAUUUGUAUCGUUUAGCCAAUCAAUUGCUCACUGAUUUGGUUGAUGAUAAUUAUUUCUAUCUUUUCGAUAUGAAAUCGUUCUUCACAGCGAAAGCUUUGAAUGUUGCGAUUCCAGGAGGACCGAAAUUUGAGCCACUUGUGAAGGAUAUGCAUACGUAAGAUUUUUUGUCGAUUUUUUAUAGGAAAAACCAUUUUAUGCUCGAUUAGUAGGCUCAAAUGUUAGCCCACAAUCAUUCAAACUUGCUCCAGGGCUCAAAAAUGAGCUCCAGAGCUCAAAUUUUCGAGUUCCAUGUUCAGAAUUUCCCAAAUUUCAGCUCAAAAUAAUUCAAAAAUGUUCAAGGGCUCCAAAAUGAGCUCUGCGGAAAAAUUCAGUCUGUAAUUUCAUGAUCUGAAUUUGGUAUACCCUUAUUUCUGAAGAAAUCUAUCAAGAACGACCAAAAACAUCAGUUUUCAAUCAUUUUUCUGUAAAUUUUCCGAAAUGCAUUAAAUUGCGGUCAGAAUUCCAUCUUUCUUUUUUUUUUCCAGAAAUUAGGAUGUACCAUAUUCAGAUUGCAAAAUACAGGCUGAAAUGUUCCCCAGAGCUCAUUUUGGAGCUCUUGAGCAGUUUUGAAUGAUUUUGAACUAAAAUUUGGGAGAUUCUGAGCUGAGAACUUGAAAAUGCUCUGGAGCAAAUUUUAAUCAUUUUAAGCCUAAAAAUCGAAAAUUUGAUAUAAAAAGUUAAGUUUUUCCUAUCAAAACCCACGCUCCCCUCCUAAAAUCCCCCAAUUUUUCAUUUUCCAGCGACGAAGAUUGGAACGAAUUCAACGAUAUCAACAAAGUCAUCAUCCGCUCACCAAUUAGAACCGAAUAUCGAAUUGCCUUCCCAUUCAUGUACAACAAUCUCAUCAGUUCCCUCCCUGUUCAAGUCUCCUGGUAUCAUACACCAUCUGUUGUUUUCAUCAAAACUGAAGAUCCUGAUUUACCAGCUUUUUAUUAUGAUCCACUGAUCAAUCCGAUCACUGUCAAUAAUUUGAAGAGAGUGAGUUGUUUUUUUGAUUUUUGAAAAAUUCGCGGAUAUAAUAAGCCGAUUCUUGUUGAUUUUCCCGAAAAUUGGCAGCCGAAAUUCGCAAAAUCAAAAAACCCAUAAAAGGCGAGAUUCAAAGUUCAUUUUUUGAGUCUAGAUUUAGUUGAUUGGGAACAAUUUCUAUAGAAAAACCCAUAGAAUCUAUGGAAAAUUCCAGACUGAAGAUGAAUUACCGGAAGGUGAAGAAGAUGACGAAUGGAUGUUGCCUGAAGAUGUUGUUCCGAUUUUCGAAGAUGUUCCACUCUAUUCCGAUAACACUGCAAAUGGUUUGGCGUUGCUUUGGGCGCCAAGACCUUUCAAUUUGAGAUCGGGUAGAACGAGAAGAGCUGUUGAUGUUCCGCUUGUUAAAUCUUGGUAUCGAGAACAUUGUCCAGCUGGUAGGUUUUGGGGCUGGGAGUUGAAAUUUGAGGGGUUUUACGCUGAAAAUUGAGAUUUUUGAGAGAUUUCCAGUCUGGAACUUGAAAAUUUGGGCUUUGGAGCUCAUUUUAGAACCCUGGAGCAAAUUUCUGCUAGAAUUUGUGAAAAUUUGAGCUCUGGAGCAAGUUUCCAUGAUUUUGAGCUGAAAAUUCAGAUUUUUGGAAUAUUCUGAGCCUGGAACUUGAAAAUUUGGGCUCUGGAGCAGAUUUCAAUGAUUUUGAGCUGAAAUUUCGAAUUUCUCGUGGAUUUUAAGCCUGAAGCUUGAAAAUUUGGGCUCUGGAGCAGAUUUCAAUGAUUUUGAGCUGAAAUUUCGAAUUUCUCGUGGAUUUUAAGCCUGAAGCUCGAAAAUUUGAGCUCUUGAGCUUAUUUUCAGCCUCGAAGAAUUUUUGGGGGUAUUUUUAGCUUCUUGAAUUUUGAAACACGAAUUUUUCCCACUGAAAUUCAUCAAGGUCCCGUGAAAGUUCUACCCAAAACUUUCAAUAUUCUCGUUGUUUUCCAGGAAUGCCAGUCAAAGUCCGUGUCUCCUAUCAAAAACUGCUCAAAGUCUUCGUCCUCAACGCCCUCAAACAUCGCCCUCCAAAACCCCAAAAACGUCGAUAUUUGUUCCGCUCAUUCAAAGGCACCAAAUUCUUCCAAACCACAACUCUGGAUUGGGUUGAAGCUGGUCUACAAGUUCUUCGACAAGGAUAUAAUAUGUUGAACUUGCUGAUUCAUCGAAAAAAUCUCAAUUAUCUUCAUUUGGAUUAUAAUUUCAAUUUGAAACCUGUCAAAACUCUAACCACCAAAGAACGAAAGAAAUCGAGAUUUGGAAAUGCUUUUCAUCUUUGUCGAGAGAUUUUGAGAUUAACUAAAUUAGUUAUUGAUGCACAUGUUCAAUAUCGAUUAAAUAAUGUUGAUGCAUAUCAAUUGGCUGAUGGAAUUCAAUAUAUCUUUGCGCAUGUUGGACAAUUGACUGGAAUGUAUCGAUAUAAAUACAAAUUGAUGAGACAAGUUCGAAUGUGUAAGGAUUUGAAGCAUUUGAUCUAUUAUCGAUUUAAUACGGGACCUGUUGGCAAAGGACCGGGGUGUGGUUUUUGGGCGCCAGGCUGGAGAGUUUGGUUGUUCUUCUUGCGUGGAAUUACACCGCUUUUGGAAAGAUGGUUGGGAAAUUUGUUGUCGAGACAAUUUGAGGGAAGACAUUCGAAGGGAGUUGCGAAGACUGUGACCAAACAAAGAGUUGAGAGUCAUUUUGAUUUGGAGUUGCGGUAAGUUGAUUUUUGAUUUCUUGAAGAAGUGCGAAUCGAAUUUUUAUUGAAAAUAUUGUUGCUAUAAUAUUUUUGAAACGUAUUUAUUUGCUGAAAAUUUUCAAUUGGAUUUUAGAGCAAAUUUAGAACGAUUUUCAGCCUGAAAUUAGAAAAUUUGGGCUCUGCAGCAAUCUUGAAUGAUUUUUAUCUUGAAUUUGUGAUUUCGGUGAGAUAAUUAUCGAUCAAUCAAAAUUUGAUAGGAAAAAUUUGGGAUAUAAUAUUUUUGAAACGUAUUUAUUUGCUGAAAAAUUUUCAAAUGGAUUUUAGAGCUCAUUUUUAACCCUUGGAGCAAAUUUAGAAGGAUUUUCAGUCUGAAACUCGAAAAUUGGGGCUCUAGAGCAAUUUUGAAUUAAAAAUUAGGAUUUUGAGCCCAGAACUCUGAAAUUUAUGCUCUGGAGCUCAAUUUUAACUAUGGAGCAAGUUUCUCAUGAUUUUAAGCUAAAACUUGAGGAACUUUGAGCCUGUAACCUGAAUUUUUGUUCUCUUUUUUUUGUUCAGCAAGUUUGAUAUGAUUUUCAUAUUGAAUUUGUGAUUUCAUGAAUGGGGUGAUGCGAGAAUCAAAAUUUUAUUGAAGAAAUUUAGGAUAUAGUAUUUUUGAAACGUAUUUUUCCACCAAAUUAUAUUUUUGUUCGAAAAUUUGGGCUCAGGAGCAUUUUUGAUUAGUUUUUAAAUCUCAUUAAUUUUUCCUUAUUUUUCAGUGCCGCAGUUAUGCACGAUAUUCUGGAUAUGAUGCCAGACGGAAUCAAACAAAACAAGGCCCGUGUCAUUUUGCAACAUUUAUCCGAAGCCUGGCGAUGCUGGAAAGCCAAUAUUCCAUGGAAAGUUCCCGGAUUACCAACCCCCGUGGAAAAUAUGAUUUUGAGAUAUGUGAAAGCGAAAGCUGAUUGGUGGACGAAUUCGGCACAUUAUAAUCGAGAACGUGUGAGACGAGGAGCGACUGUUGAUAAAACUGUUUGCAAGAAGAAUUUGGGAAGAUUGACGAGAUUGUAUUUGAAGGUAGGGGUUUUGAGGGAUUUUUUGAGCCCUGGAACUCGAAAUUUGAGCUCUAGAACUCAUUUUUGAACCUUGGAGCUAAAUUUUGUGAUUUUUAGAGGAUUUUGAGCCCGGAACUUGAAAAUUUAAAUCUGGAGCUCAUCUUUGAGCCCUGGAUGUGAAAUUUGGGAUUUUCUGGUCAUUUUGAGUUCUGGAACUCGGAAGUUUGGACUCUGGAGCUCAUUUUGGAGCCCGGAACCCGGAAAUUUAAGCUCCAGAGCUCAUUUUUGAACCUUGGAGCUAAAUUUUGUGAUUUGUAGAAGAUUUUGAGCCUGGAACUUGGAAAUUUGAACUCUGUAGCUCAUUUUUGAGCCCUGGAGCUAAAAUUAGAGCAUUUCGGGAGAUUUUGAGCCCGGAACUCGAAAAUUUGAACUCUGUAGCUCAUUUUUGAGCCCUGGAGCAAGUUUUAAUGAUUUUGAGCCCGGAACUGCGAAAUUUCAGCUUAUUUUGAAUUUUGCGUUUGAAAAACGAUGAGAAUCAGAUUUUUAUUUCACAAAAUUUCGGAUGUAAUAUUUUUGAAACGUAUUUUUCCGGUUUUUCCUCUCGAAAAUCUGAGUUUCAAGCUCAUUUUCUAGCCCUGGAGCAAAAAAAAACUCGAAAAUUUGUGCUCCUGAAUCGCUAAAAUCCAAUUUUUCCAGUCCGAACAAGAAAGACAACACAAUUACCUCAAAGAUGGUCCAUAUAUUUCUGCUGAAGAAGCUGUUGCGAUCUACACAACAACAGUUCAUUGGUUGGAAUCUCGUCGCUUCUCUCCAAUCCCAUUCCCUCCACUUUCUUAUAAACACGAUACAAAAUUAUUGAUUUUGGCGUUGGAAAGACUCAAAGAAUCAUACAGUGUCAAAAAUCGAUUGAAUCAAUCACAAAGAGAAGAAUUGGCAUUGAUUGAACAAGCUUAUGAUAAUCCACAUGAGGCUUUGUCCAGAAUCAAGAGACAUAUGCUAACUCAAAGAGCUUUCAAAGAAGUUGGAAUUGAAUUUAUGGAUUUGUACACUCAUUUGGUGCCAGUUUAUGAUAUUGAACCAUUGGAAAAGGUGACUGACGCAUAUUUGGAUCAAUAUUUGUGGUAUGAAGCGGAUAAACGGAGAUUAUUCCCGUCUUGGGUGAAACCAGGAGACACUGAACCACCACCGCUUUUGACUUAUAAAUGGUGUCAAGGUUUGAAUAAUUUGCAAGAUGUUUGGGAGACGGCUGAUGGUGAAUGUAAUGUGAUAAUGGAGACGAAAUUGGAGAAGAUUGCCGAGAAAAUGGAUUUGACACUUUUGAAUCGAUUGCUCAGAUUAAUUGUUGAUCACAAUAUUGCCGAUUAUAUGACAUCGAAGAAUAAUGUGUUGAUUAAUUAUAAGGAUAUGAAUCAUACGAAUUCGUUUGGGAUUAUUCGAGGAUUGCAAUUUGCGAGUUUUAUUGUGCAGGUGAGAGGGGGAAACAAUCACUAGUUCUCUAGCUGUCUGGUUGUCUAGCUCUCUAACUGUCUAGACUCUCUAGCUCUUUAGCCAUUUUUGACCCUAAAUUAAAGAUUUUUCAUGAAUCUCGAGCUGAAAUUUGAUUUUUCACGAAAAGUCUUGAAUUUUAGGCCAAAUUCAAGUUUUUUUUUCUGAAAAUUAAGUUUGACAUGAGCAAUGCCUGAAAAUUUCUAGGUUUUUAUUUUAUUAUGAGCAACUUUCCCAAAUUUCUAAACGUUUCUCGAUAAAUCUGAGAUUUUAGCUGAAAAUUUUGAAUUUUUAGCUCUAAAUGCAAGUUUUUCUGAAAAUUAAGUUUAAUAUGAGCAAUGCCUUGAAAAGCCUAGGUUUCUAGUUUAACAUGAGCAAUUUUUCCAAACUUUUGAAGAUUUCUCGACAAAUCUGAGAUUUUUGACAAGAUAUCGGCUGAAAAUUGGCCAAAGUAUACAAUUUUAUGUAUCCCCCUUCAAAUUCCCCCUUUUCCAGUAUUAUGGACUUGUUCUCGAUCUCCUCGUCCUCGGUCUUCGCCGUGCUUCCGAAAUCGCCGGUCCACCACAAUGCCCCAACGAUUUCCUUCAAUUCCAAGAUGUUGCUAGUGAAAUCGCGCACCCAAUUCGAUUAUAUUGCCGAUAUAUCGAUCGAGUUUGGAUCAUGUUCCGAUUCUCGGCCGAUGAAUCUCGAGAUUUGAUUCAACGAUAUUUGACAGAACAUCCGGAUCCGAAUAAUGAGAAUAUUGUUGGAUAUAACAAUAAAAAAUGUUGGCCAAGAGAUGCGAGAAUGCGAUUGAUGAAACAUGAUGUGAAUUUGGGAAGAGCUGUGUUUUGGGAUAUCAAGGUGAGUUACUUUUUGCUCCAAAAAAUUGCGUUUUCUAACACCAAAAAUGCUAAUUUUCCCAUAUCUCAAUUGGUUAAGUGUGAAUUCUCUCACCUACCAAUCUCAAGACCAAAGUUCAAUCCCGCCACGAGGUAUAAGAAGGCAGAUAGUUCUAUACUUUACUAUCAGUUGAUAAAUCCUCGAAAAUUAUCGGAACUUUCAAAAUAAGCGAUAAAAGUUUCUGCCAUCGGAACAGAUCCGCCAAUUUUGAAAUGAUUGGCAUGGUCUACUUGUAUGGUGUACAAAAAAUAUGUUUUUUUCAUGAAACACUCAAAAAAAUGCCCGAAAAACAGAUUUUCCCGUCCAAAAACCGCUGAAGUACGGUAGAACCUGAACAUCUAACUUGAUUUCUGCGAAGAAACGGAGUUAGAUACGCAGGUGGUACGGUAUGUUCCAUUAAUCUGGACAUUCUGUUUUUGGACAGGAAAAUUUGUUUUUUUUUUGUUUUUGGGCACCACAUCUUGAUUUCGAUGAAUUUUUGGCUGAAAAUUUCGAAUCUGGAGUCAAAAAUCUAGAAAUUUCAUGAAAAAUAGAAAGCAGAGUUUUAGAAAAUUCUAAAAAUUUGAAAUUUCCAAUAAAUUUGAGAUUUUUGGGACAUUUUGAGCCCGGAACUCGAAAAUUUGGGCCCUGGAGCAAGUUUCAAUAAAUUUGAGCCAAAAUUUGAGGUUUUCGAGGGAUUUUGAGCCCAGAAAAGCUAAAAUUUGGGAUUUUUGGAUGAUUCUGAUUGUGAGCCCAGAACUCAAAAAUUUCGGCUCUUUUUCUAUUUUUCAUUUCGAAAAACUGCGAAUCAAAUUUAAAAAAAAGAUAUAAUAUUUCCUAAAAAUUUGAAAUUUUCAGUCAGAAAUUAUUUUUUGCUUGAAAAGUGGAUUUUUUAAAUCCAUGAUCAGAAAAUCUGAAAAAAUUCGAAUCUGAAGUUAAAAAUCUAUAAACUUCCAAUCAAAAAUUAUUUUUAAAGGCACAUUUGCUUGAAAAUUGGUUUUUUUUUUGAAUUUUUUUGCUUUUCCUGAUUCCUGAUGCCCAAAAAAUCUUCCUUCCCUAUUCUAAUCAAUAUUUUUCUCCCUUACAGAAUCGUCUUCCUCGAUCAAUCACAACUGUCGAAUGGGAGAACUCAUUUGUGAGCGUCUACAGCAAAGACAAUCCGAAUAUGCUAUUCGAUAUGGGCGGUUUCGAAUGCCGCAUUCUGCCGAAAUGUCGAACUGCAAAUGAAGAAAGUCUUCAUCGAGAUGGUGUUUGGAAUUUGCAAAAUGAAGUGACCAAAGAGAGAACUGCACAGUGUUUCCUGAAAGUUGAUGAGGAAUCGCUUUCGAAGUUCCACAAUCGAAUUAGGCAGAUCUUGAUGUCAUCGGGUUCCACGACUUUUACCAAAAUUGUUAAUAAAUGGAAUACGGCGUUGAUUGGAUUGAUGACGUAUUUUAGAGAGGCUGUUGUGAACACACAGGAAUUGCUCGAUUUGCUCGUAAAAUGUGAAAACAAAAUUCAAACGAGAAUCAAGAUUGGAUUGAAUUCAAAAAUGCCGUCAAGAUUUCCACCAGUGGUUUUCUACACACCAAAAGAAAUUGGAGGACUUGGAAUGUUAUCGAUGGGACAUGUUUUGAUACCGCAAAGUGAUUUGAGAUGGAUGCAACAAACUGAAUCUGGUGGAGUGACGCAUUUUAGAAGUGGUAUGAGUCAUGAUGAAGAUCAGCUGAUUCCGAAUUUGUAUCGAUAUAUUCAACCGUGGGAGGCGGAAUUUGUGGAUUCGGUGCGGGUUUGGGCGGAAUAUGCGUUGAAACGACAGGAGGCGACGGCGCAGAAUCGAAGAUUGACGCUGGAAGAUCUAGAUGACUCUUGGGAUCGGGGAAUUCCGAGAAUCAAUACGUUGUUCCAAAAAGAUCGGCACACUUUGGCGUAUGAUAAGGGUUGGAGAGUGCGCACGGAAUUCAAGGCGUAUCAGAUUUUGAAGCAGAAUCCGUUUUGGUGGACGCAUCAGCGACACGAUGGAAAAUUGUGGAAUUUGAAUAAUUAUCGGACGGAUAUGAUUCAGGCGUUGGGUGGUGUUGAGGGCAUUUUGGAGCAUACACUUUUUAGAGUUGGUUUUGUUUUUUUUUUUUGAGAGGGGGAGGGAUUUUGGGUAGAAAACUGGGAAUUUUCAGAUUUUUAGGCUGAAAAUCUGUCCUGGAAAACAUUUUUCCCUGAAAAUUCCACUCGGAAUAGAAUUUCUUGAAUUUUUCCAUCAAAAUCUUAAAAUCAGCGUAAUUUUUGAUUGAAAUUGAGUCAUUAUUGUUGAAAUUCAGAAUUUCUAAAAGCUUUAGACUAGAAAUUUCAGAUUUUCCUUUAAAAAUUAUGAAAAUUGCACCUAGAAGAGAAAUUUACGAUUUUUUCAUGAAAUUCUACAAAAUUUUAUGGAAAUUGAUACUUUCUGGUUGAAUUUUGGAAUUUCUAUGAUUUUUCCACUAGAAACUUCGGAUUUUAAUGAAAUUCCAAGGUUUUCUAUGAAAAAUCGAGAAAAAAAAUUUCACCUGGAAACGAAUUUCUCAACUUUUUCAUGAAAUUCUUCACAUUGUUUGUAAGUUUUGGUUGAAAAUGAGAUAUUGUAUUUGAAAUGUGGAAUUUUUAUGAUUUUUGAAUAGAAAUUUCAAAUUUCCAGCAAAAUUUAGGAUUUUUCAUGAACCUGAAUGAUUUUCUAUGAAAAAUCUACAAAAUUAAACCUGGAAAAGUAUUUCUGGAAUUUUUUUCAAAAAAUGUCUUGUUUUCUAGUUUUCAACAUGAUUUUUCAUAAUUUUCUCGAAUUUUUGGUUCAAAAAAUGAUGAAAAUUAUGAUUUUCAAGCUCAAUUCUAUAAUUCUGAAAUUUUCCAAUUAGAAAACUUGCGAUAUUUUCCUGAAAAUCCCAAUUUUCAAGCUCAAAAUCCAUUCAAAAUCCCCCCAUCUUCAUCUUUUCCUUUUUCCAGGGAACAUAUUUCCCAACAUGGGAAGGUCUCUUCUGGGAACGCGCUUCCGGCUUCGAAGAAUCAAUGAAAUUCAAAAAAUUGACAAACGCCCAAAGAUCUGGUUUGAAUCAAAUUCCAAAUCGUCGUUUCACUUUGUGGUGGUCACCAACAAUUAAUCGAGCCAAUGUUUAUGUCGGUUUCCAAGUUCAACUCGAUUUAACCGGUAUCUUUAUGCACGGUAAAAUUCCGACACUCAAAAUCUCGUUGAUUCAAAUCUUCCGUGCUCACUUGUGGCAAAAGAUUCACGAAUCGGUGGUCAUGGAUUUGUGCCAAGUUUUUGAUCAGGAAUUGGAUGCGUUGGAGAUUCAAACUGUGCAAAAGGAGACGAUUCACCCGCGAAAAUCCUAUAAAAUGAAUAGUUCGUGUGCUGAUGUUUUGUUGUUUGCACAAUAUAAAUGGAAUGUGUCGAGACCUUCGUUGAUGUCGGAUAAUAAGUAGGUUUUUGGGGGAAAAUUUGGAAAAAAUUCGAAAUUUCGUUAUUUUUUAUAUAAAAAAUCGAAAUUUUGGACCAAAAACCAAGUUUUAGAACAAAUUCUGGUUUUCAAACGACGCUCCGCCUUUACGCCUUGAAAAAAUAGCUAGAAAAUUCAAAAUCCACGUGGAAAUGCUCAAUUUUUAACGUCAAAAAUCAAUGUUUUGGUAAAAUUUUGGUUUUCAAACGACAUUCCGCGUUUACGCCUGUGAGAAAUAGCUGAAAAUUCAAAAUCCACGUGGAAAUGCUCAAUUUUUGAACAAAUUUUGGUUUUCAAACGAUACUCCGCCUUAACGAAAACUCUGAAAAAUUUUGUCAAAAAAAAACAAAACUCUGAAAAAUCUCGUUUUUGUCAAAAAAAAAUCCACGUAGCAUCCAAAAAAUUUCCCACGAUCAUUUUAUAGAAGGAAAAAUGUUCAAAAACGAAAACCUGACAGAAUUCCAGCUGAAAAAUCUAUUUUCCAGCCCUAUUUUCACGUUUCUUUUCUUGCAGAGAUGUAAUGGACAACACAACAACUCAAAAAUUCUGGCUCGACGUCCAACUUCGUUGGGGAGACUACGAUUCUCACGAUGUUGAAAGAUAUGCUCGCGCCAAAUUCCUCGAUUAUACAACUGACAACAUGUCAAUCUACCCGUCACCAACUGGAGUUUUGAUCGCAAUCGAUUUGGCUUAUAAUUUAUACGCUGCUUUUGGUAAUUGGUUCCCUGGAAUGAAACCAUUGAUUCGACAAGCGAUGGCUAAAAUCAUCAAAGCAAAUCCAGCAUUUUAUGUUCUACGAGAACGUAUUCGAAAAGGUCUUCAGUUGUAUAGUUCAGAACCAACUGAGCCAUAUUUGACGAGUCAGAAUUAUGGAGAAUUGUUUAGUAAUCAAAUCAUUUGGUUUGUCGAUGAUACAAAUGUAUAUCGAGUUACGAUUCAUAAGACAUUUGAAGGAAAUUUGACAACCAAACCGAUUAAUGGAGCGAUUUUCAUUUUCAAUCCGCGAACCGGUCAAUUAUUCCUGAAAAUUAUUCAUACUUCGGUGUGGGCUGGACAGAAACGUCUUAGUCAGCUUGCGAAAUGGAAGACUGCCGAAGAAGUUGCAGCGUUGAUUCGAAGUUUGCCGGUGGAAGAGCAGCCAAGGCAGAUUAUUGUGACGAGAAAGGCGAUGUUGGAUCCAUUGGAAGUGCAUUUAUUGGAUUUCCCGAAUAUUGUUAUCAAAGGAUCGGAACUCAUGUUGCCGUUCCAGGCGAUUAUGAAAGUUGAGAAGUUUGGAGAUUUGAUCUUGAAAGCCACAGAACCCCAGAUGGUCUUGUUCAAUUUGUAUGAUGAUUGGUUGAAGACGAUUUCGUCUUACACGGCGUUUUCGAGAGUUGUUUUGAUUAUGAGAGGAAUGCAUAUUAAUCCGGAUAAGACUAAGGUAAUUUUGGACGAUUUUCAGUUUUUUCCUGGAAUUUCUAGCGUAAAAUUAGAUAUUUUCAAUAGAAAUAUAAAAAGUUUGCGAUUUUUGGCUGAAAAUUUGAAUUUUUAUGAAAAUUGAGCCUGAAAAAGCAUUUUUCUUAUUAAAAUUCAAUUUUUCAAAUUUUCGCAUGAAAUUUUGAGCUCAUUUUUUCAAAAUAGAGAAAAAUGCGAAUUUUCAUUCAAAAUUGGAGGUUCCAGCUCAAAAAGUUUUGUUUUUCAUCAACAUUUCGGGUUUUUGGUUGAAAAUUUGAAUUUUUAUGAAAAUUCGAGCCUAAAACUAUUUUUAAAAAUUUUUUCCUUGAAGAUAUUUGAAAAAAUCUUCAAAAAUACAAGCUUUUCUAGUUUUUGGCUGAAAAUUCGAAUUUUUCUGGAAUUUUUAGCUCAAUGUUUCAAAGAAUAAUCAAAUUUUGAUGAAAAUUCUUCAAAAAAUACAAGCUUUUCAAGUUUUUGGCUGAAAAUUCGAAUUUUUAGGUUAUCCUGAAACCCGACAAGACUACGAUUACGGAGCCGCAUCAUAUUUGGCCAACUUUGAGUGAUGAAGAUUGGAUUAAAGUGGAAUUGGCAUUGAAGGAUAUGAUUUUGGCGGAUUAUGGAAAGAAGAAUAAUGUGAAUGUUGCUAGUUUGACACAAUCGGAAGUGCGUGAUAUUAUUCUUGGAAUGGAAAUCUCGGCGCCAAGUCAACAACGACAACAGAUUGCGGAUAUUGAAAAGCAGACGAAAGAGCAGAGCCAGGUUACCGCAACUACUACACGGACUGUUAAUAAGCAUGGAGAUGAGAUUGUUACGGCGACUACAUCGAAUUAUGAGACGGCCUCGUUUGCGAGUAGAACGGUGAGCGGUUUGAACAGGGAAAUUUGAAAUUUUGAGUUUUGAGCUCAACAAUUGGCUGAAAAUCUGAAUUUUUUUUGUUUAAUUCAAAUCUGAUGAUAAUUCUUCGAAAAUACAAAAUUUCCCGGGUUUUGGCCGAAAAUUUGGAUUUUUCCUGGAAUUCCUUGCUGAAAAUGUUUUUGAAGAAAAUGAUUCAGAAAUGUGUUUUCCCCCAAUAUCUGAAUUUUUGAAUUUUUUUCAAAUUUUGUGGAAUGUUCUCAAGUUUUUCUUGAAAAUUGAACCUAGAAGAGCAUUUUCCAAUAAAAAUUGAAAAAUGUACAUCUUUCUAGAUAUUUUUUGCCCAAUUUUUCAAAAUUUCGAAUUUUCAUUCGAAACUGCAGGUUCCAGAUCAAAAAUUGGUGUUUUUCAUCCUUGAAAAUUCUGGCUAAAUUUUUUGUAAAAAAUUCGUUCUAAAACAUUUUUUCCGAUUUUCUGAAGUGUUACUUGAAAUUUCUAGAUUUCCAGUUUUUUUCCAAAUUGAAUUCAAAAUUAAAUUUUUGCAGGAAUGGCGAGUUCGUGCAAUUUCCUCAACAAAUCUCCAUCUCCGAACCCAACACAUUUAUGUGAAUUCGGACGAUGUCAAAGACACUGGAUACACCUACAUUCUCCCCAAAAACAUUCUCAAAAAAUUCAUCACAAUCUCCGAUCUUCGAACACAAAUCGCCGGUUUCAUGUACGGUGUUUCACCGUCGGAUAAUCCACAAGUGAAAGAGAUUCGAUGUAUUGUAUUGGUGCCACAAACUGGAAAUCAUCAACAAGUCAAUUUGCCAACACAAUUACCCGAUCAUGAAUUGUUGAGAGAUUUUGAGCCGCUUGGAUGGAUGCACACACAGCCGAAUGAGUUGCCGCAAUUGUCGCCGCAAGAUGUGACGAAUCAUGCGAAGGUGGGGAUUUUUGUUGAAAAAUUUUGAAGUUUUGAGCCGGAAAAUUGAGAUUCUGAUUUCUUUUUAAUGAAAAAUAUAUCCAGAAUCUUCAAAUUUGAAAAUUUUACCUCUGAAAACUGAAAUUUUGAGUUUUUCAGUCAGAAAUGAUGAAAAAUCGAGAUUUGAGAUGAUUUCGGAUGAAAAUUGACCCUGGAAUCCACUGCAAAAUUUUUCAUUUUUGUGGAUUCCAAGGUAAAUUUUUAUCAGAAAUCACCCUAGAAGUUUCAAAUACCUUGAUUUGUCAGCAUUUUUAACUGGAAAAUUCAAGAUUCUGAUUUUUCAUGAAAAAUAACACCAGCAUCUUGAAAAUUUGAAAAUUUUACCUCUGAAAAUUGAAAUCUCGAGAAAAUAUUUAAAAUUUUCAGUUUUCAGUCAAAAAUUGAGAAUUUUUGAGCUUCUGAUGAAAAUUAUUGAAAAAUUCUGAAUUCAUUUCCAUUGCUCAUUUUAUAAAUAUAUAUUCCCCCGAUUUCCAGCUUCUCACUGACAACGCGAGUUGGGAUGGUGAAAAGACGAUUAUGAUCACGAGCAGCUUCACACCUGGUUCCGUUUCAUUGACUGCCUACAAAUUGACACCGUCUGGUUAUGAAUGGGGAAAGGCGAAUACCGAUAAGGGAAAUAAUCCGAAGGUUUGUUAGAUUAUUGAUUUUUGGCUCAAAGAUUCAGAUUCCACGUGGAAUUCUGAGCAUUUUGACACCUAACAUGAGCAAUUUUAUGCUCAAAAUGACACGUGGAAAUUUGAGCCCUAAAAUAUCGAUGUUUGAUGUCAAAAUGUUCGAAAUUUCAUGAUGAAGCUCAAUUUUUGAAAUCCACGUGGAUUUUUUGAGCAUUUUGACACCUAAUAUGAGCAAUAUUAUGUUAAAAAUGCCACGUGGCAAUUUGAGCCCUAUAAUAUUGAUGUUUGAACUAGAAAAUUGGGCAUAGUGAGAAAUGUGUGAAAAUGAGAAUUUUUGGGUUAAAAUUCAUAAUUUUGGGUAAAAGUAUUGAUUUUUAGCUCAAAGAUCAAAAAAUUCCACGAUUUUAAGCUCAAAAAAUGGACAAAAAGGAAUGGGCCGAACCGGGGAUUGAACCCGGGACCUCUCGCACCCAAAGCGAGAAUCAUACCACUAGACCAUUCGGCCACACGUUUCUAUCUCACAUUUUCCUAAUUUAUACAGCAUUUCUUAUCAGAUUUUUCAUUUUGAUAACAUCUUUGCUGUGUUUUUCUGGUGGAGAUCUUUUAUCUCCGAUAUAUUUUCGGAUCAAAUGAGAGAAAAACGUGUGGCCGAAUGGUCUAGUGGUAUGAUUCUCGCUUUGGGUGCGAGAGGUCCCGGGUUCAAUCCCCGGUUCGGCCCAUUUCUUUUUUGCUUUCGAGCGUAGCGAGUGUAAACUGAAAGCAGCCACGUGGAUUACUAACCAAAAUCUCAAUUUUUGCAGGGUUAUAUGCCAACACACUACGAAAAAGUGCAAAUGCUAUUAUCGGACAGAUUUUUGGGAUAUUUCAUGGUUCCAUCAAAUGGUGUUUGGAACUACAACUUCCAAGGACAACGAUGGUCCGCUGCCAUGAAAUAUGAUGUUUGUUUGGCGAACCCAAAAGAAUAUUAUCACGAAGAUCAUCGACCGGUUCAUUUCCACAAUUUCAAAGCUUUCGAUGAUCCACUUGGAGUUGCCGGAGCAGAUCGUGAAGAUGUUUUCGCCUAG